AUGUCGAGCCCCGUUGAUUGCUCGUCUCCAAAUGCCUUUCCGGAUGGGUUGUCGACCGCCUCUUCGGCCGCCGUUGCGGACGCGUCAUCGGCCACUUCUUCGGCCACCCUUUCGGACGACCAGUCGUCGGUCACGAUCGCCAAUGACCCCGUCAUCUCUGACGACGAUGAGGCUGUGGUCCCGGGUGAUGACGGUCCCGUUGCUCAAGCGGUUGCCCGACCUGGCCCGCUGCUCUCUGCCCACUACGGCCCCGGAAACAAGAUCAUGGCCACCCCUCCCGGAUGUCGUGCUCGAGUGCGCUCCUGGAUGACAGCAUCCGAGCCGGAGCCCGUCCGCGCCACCCUCGACAUGAGCGCGAAGCUUGCGGCUGUCGUCGAGACAUAUGAGCCGUUCCUGGGCGGCAAGGCGGGCCUGCUCCCGCUGGGCGCACAGCCCAGCGGCCAUGCAGACGACCACAUUGGCGCUGCACAUGAGUUCUUUGACAAGAUGGGCCAUGCCGCUACCGUCCUCUGCGACUCGAUCAAGCAGUCGCGUGCGGGCGACCUCGACGAGUCUCUUGUGGGCCACCUCGGACGCCGCCACGAAGACGUGAUUGACAGACUCUGCCAGCCUGUCAUCGACCUGGUGAACUCGACGUCCAGCGCAUACCUCGAGGUGGCCCACGCCCUCGCUGGCCCCUACCCGGAGUCGCUCUGGAUGCAUCAGGUCGCGACACAGCUCUUGAUCAUGGCCGAGCAGAUCCUUCUCGUCCCUGGUGCCGCCGGUGCCGCCCGCAUGGGAGCCCCCGGCGACCUUUUCGAGGCCAACAACAGCGCUGUAGCGGUCUUUCAGGCUCACAUGGGGCCGAGGGGGAUGCUGCCCAGGCUCAACUCGAGGUUCAUUAACGCGCUGUGGGAGCUGAGCAACAGCUCUGCCGCGCUUCGCGAGGCCAUCGCUGCUCUCGCGCCGGUCACCAACUCGUUCAUCGUCGGCAUGAGUGCGUCGCCUGCCUCGGUCGCAUCCCUCCCGGUGUCCCCAUGGUCUCGCGACGGGUUGGGGGGUGAUGCUCUCCUGCUCCAGGCUCGCGUCAUUGACAACUGGCUCCACCUCGAGUCAGCCUUGCCCGUGCUAGACACGGUCGCCGCCGCCGCCCAGGACGGGGUGGGAGCGUUGGCCAUGGCAAACUACCGGCUGCAGGUGUCGCAUGACCUUCUGGGCAGCCUCCGCGAGUCUUGCUGGGUACAGGGGGGGGCUCUGGAUGGGGUUGAUGCCGCCGUGUACUUCCAGCUUGCAGAGCCGCGCUCCCUGCAUGAUGCCGUCGUCAGGGUGUCCGAGCAGCUCGAGGUACGGGUGACGGGCUCUUGA